AUGGACUGCACAUUAGCAACCUGCCCCGUAUCGGAGAGCAUCUACCAAUACAAACCAUCGCUUGCUGGCAAUGCUGCACUCCUCGCCAUCUUCGCUGCCUCUGGCAUCGUUCACUCGCUGCAGUACUUCUUCUGGCGAAAUGCAUCAUUCUCCAUCCCCAUGAUCCUGGGAUGCUUGACAGAAGUUAUCGGUUACGUCGGCCGUGUUUUGCUCGCCGAUGACCCAUUCAGCCAAAUCGGUUUCCUCAUCCAGAUCUGCUGUCUCACGCUCGCUCCUGCUUUCUUCUCCGCCUCGAUCUACUUCUGUCUCGCCGAUAUCGUCCGUCUCUUCGGCGAGGAAGCUUCCUGGGUAAAGGCCAAGCACUAUGCCUGGAUCUUCAUCCCUUGCGAUCUCGUCAGCUUGAUUCUCCAGGGUACUGGUGGUGGUUUGGCCUCUGUCGCCGCUGAUAAGAACACCGACCAGGCUCCCGGAACCAACACUAUGAUUGCCGGGUUAGCUUUCCAGGUCAUCACCCUCGUUGUCUUCAUGACCCUCACCGGUGGCUUUAUCUUCCGCACUAUGAAGGCCCGAUCUAUUCAGGAGAAGGAGAUGGGUGCCCCACCAAAGCUCCCAAUUAGCCGUGAGCGACUGGCCACAUUCGCCAUCCCAUUCGCUUUGGCCAUCAUCACCAUCUUCACCCGAUGCGUCUACCGUGUUGCUGAGCUUAGUGAAGGUUGGGAAGGAGAUCUCAUCCACGACGAGGUCACCUUCGUUAUCCUCGAGGGAGUAAUGAUUGCCAUUGCCGUCAUCUGCCUAAACAUUGGCCACCCCAAGCUACUGAACCAGAAAUAG